UGUGAUAUCCAGUGGUUUUUGUUUUUUGUUUUUGGUGACCCUUACAUGACCUUUGAGAUGACCAGCAAGGAAGACGAGUCAGUCUAUCACAGAUGAAGUCUGAGAGCUUCAGGGACACAGUUAAUAGGAGCCACAGGAUGAGGCUGCAUGUCUUCUGAGCCUGGGUUCUUUCCUCCAGGUGCUACCAUCUCUCUAGCUCAGUGUUCUUGUGGGAGCCAUGAAGCUGAACAAGAGAAGUGUGGCCCACUAUGCUCUGAGUGAUUCUCCAGCGGACCACACUGGCUUCCUUCGUACUUGGGGAGGACCAGGGACCCCACCUACUCCCAGUGGUGCUGGCCGAAGAUACUGGUUUGUUCUCAAGGGCAACCUGCUAUUCUCUUUUGAAAGUAAAGAAAGUCGGGCCCCUCUGAGCCUGGUGGUACUGGAGGGCUGCACGGUAGAGCUGGCUGAGGCUCCUGUGCCUGAGGAAUUUGCCUUUGCCAUUCGCUUUGAUGCCCCUGGAGUUCGCCCACACCUGCUGGCAGCAGAUGGGCAAGUUGCCCAGGAGGCCUGGGUGAAGGCACUGUCCCGAGCCAGCUUUGGCUACAUGCGACUUGUGGUACGAGAACUGGAGAGCCAGUUGCAGGAUGCCCGUCAGAGCCUGGCCUUGCAUCGCUGUGUGUUCCAGAAAUCUGUUACUGGAUGCAAUAAGCCUCAGGCUCCUGACCGACGGGCUCCAGGCCCUGAGAAUGGCCACCUUUUCCCCAGGGACCGAAACUCCAAUGGUUCUGUGGAAGAAAGGGGGAGCAGGCCAGUAGGUCGGGAUUUGACUGAGUGGGGGUUACAGGGUCCUGCCAGCCUCCUUCUAAGCAGGGGACAGAGCCCUGUGUCCCCUGAGACCUCCUGUUUCUCCACCUUGCAUGACUGGUAUGGGAAAGAGAUCACGGAGCUGAGGCGAGGAUGGCAGCAAAGGGCCAAGGGGAGCCAGCCAGAGAGCAAGCAACAGAGUAGGCCCUGAACUAGGGCCCUCUGAGCAGUGGCCCUGUCCUGCUGGUUGGGAUGUCAGGGUCACUACUUCAAGAGUUAAAUGUUUACUCAUUUCCCAGAUUGGUUGGUGUGUGUGUGUGUGUGUCCGUCCCUCCUGCUCUGUAGACUUUCUCUAAC